AGAGAGAGCAUUCCCAAGCCUCUCUAUCUUUAACAUAGACUCCCCUCUCUCUCUCUCUCUCUCGACCAGGAAUUAAGUUGAAGCCAUUAUCAAGGCUCGAGAACUCCUGAGGCAACUGUAACACCAAGAUUAGUAGGAUGGACGAGAGAUUACUUGGAUCAAACCCAAAAAAUAAUAGCAAUCUAUCAAGAAGAAUAUGGGUGGAAACAAAAAAAAUAUCCAAGAUUGCAUUUCCUUCUAUGGUAGCAAGGGUUACUCAAUUUGGAAUAUUUGUGGUGACGCAAGCAUUUAUAGGACAUCUUGGUGAACUGGAUCUUGCGGCUUAUGCACUCAUACAAAUCAUUACUGUCCGGUUUGUGAACGGGAUACUGCUGGGCAUGUCAAGUGCCACUGAGACUCUGUGUGGGCAAGCAUUUGGAGCAAAGCAAUACCACAUGAUGGGCAUCUACUUGCAACGCUCAUGGAUCAUCAACAUUGUUACUGCAACAAUCUUGCUCCCCGUCUUCAUCUUCGGAGCACCCAUCUUCAAGCUACUCGGCGAGGAAGAUGACGUUGCAGAAAUCGCUGGAUAUAUCUCUCUCUGGUUCAUUCCAAUUCUCUACUAUUUUCCCUUUGCCUUCAGCAUCCAAAAGUACCUACAGACGCAGCUCAAAAACCCUAUUGUUGGAUGGCUCUCCGCUUUCUCUUUUGUGCUUCAUGUUCUCUUGUCAUGGAUUUUUGUGAGCAAACUGAGCUUGGGGAUUCCUGGUGCAAUGGGUGCGAUGAUCAUAUCAUAUUGGUUAGUGUUAAUUGGAAUGUUCUGGUACGUCUUUGGCGGUUGGUGCCCCAACACGUGGAGCAGUUUCUCAAUAGCUGCUUUUAGUGAUUUAUUACCAGUAGUGAAGCUCUCAUUAUCGUCGGGUGUCAUGCUUUGCUUAGAGUUGUGGUACAAUGCCGUUUUAGUCUUACUGGCGGGAUACCUGAAAAACGCCACCGUUGAAAUAUCUGCAUUUUCCAUCUGCCUCAAUAUCAUAGCUUGGGAUUUUAUGGUUUUCAUUGGCUUCCUAACUGGUGCCAGCGUCCGGAUUUCGAAUGAAUUAGGGAAAGGAGAUGCCGAAGCUGCAAAGUUUUCCGUUAAAGUCAUCUCCAGUAUUUCUGUAUGUCUUGGAGUGGUCUUGUCGAUUCUGUGCUUUGUUUUUGGUCAUAAAAUCGGUUACUUGUUCACAAGUGACGAGGAAGUUAUCGAAGCUGUUUCAGACCUCUCUCUCCUGCUUAGCUUGUCUGUCUUACUCAACAGUGUCCAGCCAGUACUCUCAGGCGUGGCCGUAGGUGCUGGUCGCCAAAGCGUGGUUGCAUAUAUCAAUGUAGGUUGCUAUUUUCUGAUUGGGGUGCCGGUGGGAUGUCUUCUUGGAUACGUGGCCGAUCUAGGAAUUACGGGUCUAUGGAUUGGAAUGAUCAUUGGUGUUGUGAUGCAAUCACUCGUGCUCGGCUAUGUUACCUUUAAGACUGAUUGGAAUGAACAGGUGAAGAAAGCAUCUGAUCGCCUGAAUAAGUGGCUCUUGAAUCCUUCCAAUGAAUCUAAUGAAAACUCUGCUGAGGAAAGACUAAUUAUGGAUGAACACUAGCAUUGUUCCUUCUCUCAAUUUUGUGUUUGAUGGCAACCUACGACCUUAAGGGAUGAUUCUUUGGUGCAGGGUAGAUAUUGAACCCAUUAAGGUCAUUUUUGUUCGGUUGCAAGAGCUAAGGAUUUGAUAAAAUCUUGAUGUUUUCAUCCCAGCUAUAUAUCCAUGCUGUGAACAACUUGUUAUAACUGCAUUAGGAAAGUCGAUGAAUGUUUUUAGAGCCCUCUGACAAAGUAAUGCUAUAAGUUACUUUUAUGUUCUUCUUGUAUCCUUAUAAAAUUGAUGUGACUUUUAAAAGCAUUGUUGAAUUAAAAUUCAA